GGGCGCGGCCAGGCCGGUUCCGCCGGGGGAGAGGAAGAUGGCGGAGAGCCGGGGCGAGGUGGUGGCUCCGCCAUCGGGCUCCGCUCAGGGGCUCCCCGGCAGCACCGGGACCGCGCCCCCCAGUAGCAACCCGCUGUCCCGUAAGCUCCACAAGGUCCUGGAGACGCGGCUGGACAAUGACAAGGAAAUGCUGGAAGCUCUCAAGGCUCUUUCAACCUUUUUUGUCGAAAACAGUUUGCGCACCAGGAGAAACUUACGUGGAGACAUUGAACGCCGUAGCUUAGCCAUAAAUGAAGAAUUUGUCUGCAUUUUCAAGCAAGUUAAGGAGGAGCUUGAAAGUAUAAAUGAAGAUGUCCAGGCAAUGAGCAACUGCUGUCAGGACAUGACCAUUCGUUUGCAGGCAGCGAAGGAACAGACUCAGGAUUUGAUGGUGAAGACGACAAAGCUACAAGCAGAAAAUCAAAGACUAGAAAUGAAAGCACAAGUUGCUGGUGCUUUCAUAGAAAAAUUCCAGCUGACUCAAGAUGAAAUGAACCUUCUUCAAGGCACAAGAGAUGGCCCAAUUACCGAGGUAGGGAUUGAUAAGGGUGAGUGCAGGACUUUGACACGCAGUAGAAUCAUGUGACUUUCUCCAGUCUCACCCGGCAUGGAAGCCCUGCAAGAGCCUGUUCUGUAUAAGUACACCCUGGAUGAGUUUGGAACAGCUAGAAGAAGUGCAGUAGUCCGUGGUUUUAUUGAUGCUCUUACCAGAGGAGGUCCAGGCAGUACUCCCCGACCUAUAGAAAUGCACUCCCAUGAUCCUUUGAGAUAUGUAGGAGACAUGUUGGCAUGGCUGCAUCAAGCUACUGCUUCUGAAAAAGAACAUCUGGAAGCUAUGUUAAAGCUUGUAACUACUCAAGGUGUGGAAGAAAAUGUACAAGAAGUAGUUGGUCACAUCACAGAAGGUGUCUGCAGACCUCUGAAGGUCAGAAUUGAGCAGGUGAUUGUUGCUGAACCAGGAGCAGUUUUAUUAUACAAAAUAUCUAAUCUUCUCAAGUUCUAUCACCAUACGAUCAGUGGUAUUUUGGGAAACAGUGCAGCUACGUUGUUAACCACAAUUGAAGAAAUGCAUUUAUUAAGCAAAAAGAUAUUCUUCAAUAGUCUGAGCCUACAUGCAAGUAAACUAAUGGAAAAGGUUGAACUCCCACCACCGGAUCUUGGCCCAAGCUCUGCACUGAAUCAAACGCUCGCAUUGCUGCGUGAGGUUCUGGCAUCCCAUGACUCAUCUGUUGUGCCAUUGGAUGCUCGUCAAGCUGACUUUGUACAGGUUCUGUCUUGUGUGCUAGAUCCAUUAUUACAGCUAUGUACUGUGUCUGCUAGCAAUUUAGGCACAGCUGACAUGGCGACCUUCAUGGUAAAUUCACUUUAUAUGAUGAAGACUACCCUCGCUCUCUUUGAAUUCACUGACAAACGUCUGGAAAUGUUACAAUUUCAGAUUGAAGCACACUUGGAUACUCUAAUAAAUGAACAAGCUUCCUGUGUGUUAACUAGAGCUGGUCUAAGUUGCAUAUACAAAUCUGUGCAGCAGCACAAACCAGAGCAAGGGCCGCUAGCAAACUUGCCUAGCUUGGAUUCAGUGUCGCUGAAGGCUGCAAUGGUUCAGUUUGAUCGUUAUCUGUCUGCUCCUGAUAAUCUGUUAAUGCCACAACUCAAUUUCCUUCUAAGUGCUACUGUGAAAGAGCAGAUAAUAAAACAGUCCACGGAACUGGUCUGCAGAGCUUACAAUGAUAUAUAUGCAGCUGUGAUGAAUCCAGCCAACGAAUAUAAGGAUCCGGAAACCAUACUACACAGAUCUCCUCAUCAAGUUCAGUCACUUCUCUCAUAAACUUAUUUUCCAAAUUAUGUUGCAGAACACUUACUGUAAUGUUACUUAACAUUACAUUCCCUCAAUAUUAAAGCUUUCAAUAUUUGCA